AUGUCGCUUCUCAGGUACUGGUUCUUUUGCGUCUUGAACACAUUCUUCCCACCUUAGCCAACUUCCAGCCCCUGCACAGAGGGUGGUGGACGCUAGUUCAAGUAUUUUACAGUCAAAAGGCCGAGCCAUUGUGUCGAAAACAAAUGUGCCCCCAUAUGGCCACCGCAAGCAUUGGUUUCCAAGAAAUGAGGAAGAUUUUGGUGAUGGUGGGGCAUUUCCGGAAAUCCAUAUGCCACAGUACCCUUUGGGGAUGGGAAGGCAAAAAACUUCUUCGAACGCUCUAGUUAUGAAAACCGACAAAGAUGGCAAUGUCCGAUAUGACGAACUCAUCCGACAAGGCCACUCACGAGACAGAAUAAUCCACUCGAAAUUCACAGACUUACUUCCAAAACCGAUAGAUGAGGCUGAUGCUGAGCUUCAGAAGCCUAGCAAAGACGUCAUUGAAGAGGUACUUGUGUUUGUCAUUGCUUUUUGUCCAGACUACAGAGAAGACGAGGCAAGCGCUUGAAGCCUUAAUCGAGCAGAAGGUUGCCGCGGCGUUACCAGUACGGAGAGCUGAAAGGACGGGACCGGCCGAAUACAUUAAAUAUACUCCCUCUCAGAAGGGGCCGGCGUACAAUAGCGGCGCCGAACAGCGUCUAGUUAGGAUGGUCGAGGUUCAGAAAGAUCCAAUGGAGCCUCCCCGAUUCAAGUACUGCUUUCUUUUCGGGUAUAUUUUUUUAGAAUAAACCAGAAGAUUCCACGUGGCCCUCCAUCUCCGCCACCUCCGCUAAUGCAUUCACCGAGCCGCAAAGUUUCAGUCAAGGAGCAGGCAGAAUGGAAAAUUCCCCCUUGCAUAUCGAAUUGGAAAAACCCACGUGGUUAUACAAUUCCCCUGGAUAAGAGAGUCGCUGCUGAUGGACGUGGUUUGCAGACAGUGCAUAUCAACGAGAAUUUUGCGAAGUUGGCCGAAGCAUUAUACACGGCGGACCGUAAAGCACGCGAGGCUGUAGAGAUGAGAGCCGAAAUCGAGCGGAAAGUUGCCCUAAAAGCGAAGGAACGCAGAGAGGAACAACUACAACGCAUAGCCAAGGAGGCCCGAGAAGCCAGAGCUGGUCUUCGCCGUCCCGGUUUUGAUCCUACGGAGGACGAUUCAGGGGUCAUUGAUAGAGAAGAACUCAGAAAAGAACGUGCAAGAGACCGCGCGCACGACCGAAACCUAAGCCGGACAGGUGCUGAAACAAAAUUGCGCACGCAGCGCGACAAAAACAGAGAUAUCAGUGAACAGAUAGCCUUGGGUGUGCCAAAUCCAAGGGCAAACGCGAACUCAGAGUCGCUCUUUGAUCAGAGGCUGUUUAAUCAAUCUAGUGGUUUGGACUCGGGUUUUGCUGGAGGUAUGCUGCAUUUCCAUUAUGUUCUACUUGGUUUUUCUAGGCACCGAUGACUUGUAUAAUGUUUACGAUAAGCCAUGGCGUCAAGAAUCGGAUAUUGGCUCCCAUAUUUAUCGCCCACGCCAAAAGGAUACGGAAAUAUAUGGCAGUGACAUCGAGUCUUUGAAAAAUCAGAAGAAAUUUGUUCCCGGCCGUGAGUUUUCUGGCACUGACAGAGGGCACCGCCUCGAUGGGCCGGUUCAGUUUGAAAAGGGCGCCGUUGAGGAGGAAGAUCCUUUCAACUUGAGCAAAUUCUUGCUCGAAGCCAAAAAGUCCCAGAAACGCCCAGGUGAUUCUUCGACCGAUACGUCCGCCAAUCGAGAUACAACACACAGGAAGCGGGACCGACGUGACUAG